AUGGGCGGAGGAUCGGCUCUGCGAUUUCUUGUUUGGCUUCUUGGCUUCUCCCGUUUGCCGACGUGUGUUUGGGCCGCUCCGAAGGGCCUUGAGCGCUUGGUUGGUCUUGGUGAUGUUGCCAGUGGAAGCGGGGAUCCGGCGGUGCGGGUGCCGGAGGAGUUACCAGUGGUCUCUAGUUUGCCGAGACAAGGUGCGCCGGAGGUCUAUGAUUCGUGCGUCAGUCCUCCAAGGGGCCCUCCUCCACCUCUUCCCGUUCGAACGGAGAUCUAUCCGCUACCGUUGCAAUCCGCCCCGGUUGUGCUGCAGGAGCAUGAGUUUGCGGUGUGGGCCUGCUCCCCCUUCUAUCUGCCGGAGCAGUUUCAUAUGCCUUUGCGGGUGCCGUGUGACCUUGAGGAUGCGUUGGAUGUUGUAGGUCGAUUCUUGAGGGAUCUUGAACUUCCGUUCUGUGAUAGAAUCGUUGCAGUCAGGCCACAACCGUUGCCUAAUGCCAUGAUGGUUCUAGUCACUCCGGACUGGUCGGCGUAUUCUGCGCUGAGCGUGGUGUGUUUGGAUUUGCGCGCCAUGAGGCCGGAAGGAGAUGGACCGCUGCUGGCGGCGUACGUGUCACGUCCUACGUCCUUUGCGGAGCUUGAGAGGGAAGCCGGUCUUUAUGGAAGGCGUUGGUGUCAAAUUUACAUUGGCACCAGUCCCGACCCGGCCAGAGGUGUCCUGCUCCUGCACACGCGGGGCAAGUUCCUGUUCAGGCAGGUCGGAGAUGCCGUUCGAUACGUUGUCUUGACCAGACCGUACUUGACGAAAGCGGAGUUGCUUGCGUUGCUCCCGAGGCGACCCCCCCCGAGUUGGAGGCUUCGUGUUCUUGGUGGACGCAAGCGUCGAGAUCGGCUGGACAUACGUGACAACGAGACCUUGAUCUUUGGGUUUCAACAUGAUGUUGACUCAGACCAGUAUGAGUCAUACUAUUCCACUUCCGAUGAUGGUGACGAUGAUCCAGGUGAUGACGGGUCGGAAGGUUCGGAGGAGGAAGAUGAUGAGCACGGAUCGUCUGACUCCACACGCUCGCGUAGCCGCAGAGGCCGCAGGCGUCAGACUCGUGAUGUUUCCUCGGACAGGUCCUUUCACGGUAGCUUUCCUGAGGAGGACACACAAGGUGAUCGGCAACGCGAUGCCUCAGCUCACUGUUGGGGAACAGAGGACGCUUAUGCCUUGGAUGUUGGCCUUUCUUGCAGCGCCGUUUGCGCUAUGCGUAAGGUUGACGUGUUGGCUGGUCCUUUUGCAUUUUGCAAGGAAGGGCCAAGUCGCCUCUCUGUUGACUAUGCUGCUUGGACACAGGUCGGGCUGGAAGGUGCCUCUGCAGUCAUGUGGCCGUCUUGUUUUGGAUUAAGUGCCGUUCUUGCUGGCAACAAGAUGGAUACCUCUGAUGUCAUGAGGCCAGGUUGGUUAAGUCUAGGAGGUCGCGCCGAGGCUCAGGCAAGGCUUCAGGAUCUUCGCUUUGUCACUACCGAAUUGGGUGGCGCAUGGCCAUACUUUCCCAGUGAUGAGCAGGGGAAUGUGAUGGGGUUAGGGCAGGCUCUUGUGGAUGAGGUGGUUGUGGAUCCCCCGGAAAUGUGCUGGUUGCAGGUUUUGGUUUUGAAGCCUGACUAUUGGCCAGAGAGGUUGUGGAUUGCCCUGCGUCUCCCUUCAACCGUCGAAGAAGCACAGCGUGAGGUCCAGGCUGCUCGGGGCACUGUUGAGGUUGCUGCCUUUCCACACCUGCGUCCUGCUGCCCCUCAACCGGUUUCGGGCACAUGCGUCUUUGUUGCUAACCCAGUUUGGUUGGGUCUGGCGAUGACGGCUUGUGUUGAUGCUCGGGCCGUCGAUGGUCGCUUGUUUACCUGUGUUAUGCCUGACUACGUUGAUCGGGACGAUGUGCUGCGCGUGAUUGGCUGCUCUCUUGACCCGACGUUGCAGGUGUUUGCAGGUGUUGACCAAACUCCUAUGGUCUCGGGUGUGCAGGUGCAUCUCUUUCCUGCCAUUACGAUUCGUAUUGUGCUGGGUGAGGUUGAGGGUUCAGAUUUAGAAGACCUCGGUCAGCUUCUUGCUACCGAUGAGGUGUGGAGACAGGUUGCUGUUCUUGAGAUCGGAGCGCGUGAGGGUGCAUACUGUGUGGUCUUGCGUUCUGGCGGUCGCCUUUAUCUCGCUGAUGUUGCACAACCUUUGCAGUACCGCAGACACUUGGCUGCGUAUGUCGGUAUGCCUGAGAUGGCGCUUGCCAUAUUCCCUGCGGCCCCGCGAGUUGGGAAUAUUGCUGUUGAUGGGUACCUUUGUUGCACUGUGCUUGCCGUGGCAUCCAGGGCUUUGUUGCCAGAAGGGGAGUUCUGCUUUCUGGUUGACUGUCGGCCACUGCUCCAAGGUUGGAUGUACUUUUAUUCCAGUGCACAGCAGAUCCCCUUUGCACAGGUUCUUCAGGUCUUGAAUCAGGAGGCCCCGCUUGGUUGGUGUGUCGAGUUGGAUGGACGCAGGCAGCUGCAGGAUACUCUUCCAGGAGAAGCGGGGCAGGUGCUUCUUGCGUGCUAUGUUCCCGAUGGUGAGCAUAUUGAGAAUGAUCCUGGGGGGUUUGACGCUGAGGAGCUUGUUGAUUUUCAUGCGUGGAUUUGGGGUCAUGGAUUCACUAGGGGCGCUGAGGUUGCGAAUGUUGCGCCGGACACUGCGGAUGACUCUGCCAGCUGGUUUGGAGCCACUUUUCUUGUGAUAGCGUAUGAGGUUGUCACAGAAGUUGUUCGGGUAGACUUGCAGGCGUCUGCCACGCAAUGGCAAGCAUUUGCGGAGGUGAAUGCCGCUAGGUCAGCGAUUCAUAGGGAGCGCUUUCCUGCGCUUGUUGAGGCCUUCCCGCAAGUUGACACUGCUUUUGGCGUGCUGGUUGCUCAGCCGGUGUGGCUGCGUGACGAGGCCAUUGUGGUUGUUGAUGGCAGACAUGUCGAUAAUCGAUUGUUUGCUCUCCUUUCUGCCCGGCGUACCAGUGUUGGCUCGCUUCUUGCGAGUGCAGGCUAUGCCCAUGAAGAGGUGCUUGUGUACGUCAGGGAUGACCCAUGGCCCAGCUCUCGCGAUGUCAUUCUGGAAGUGGCCAGCGGUGAUCUGGUGAUUGUUGCUAGGGUCGAUCAUGGCAUGCUUGUCACUGCAGUGUUGGCGGACAUGCUGAUGUCGGCGAGUGGUUGGGACGAGGAAGUUUACAUUCCUGAGUUCGCUGAGGAUCACGCCUGGGUGCUCGCAGAGACGGAACCCUUUUGUGUGCCGAUUCCUCAGGGCAUUGGAGAAUCCCUGCGCGAACAUCUUGGACAGAUGCUUGGCGUCGAUGAGUACGAUCUCUUUGUGCAGGAGGCUAGGCCGGAGGUUCGGGAUCAUGCGGAGCGCGGACAGCCUACUAGCAUGGUUGUCAUUGCAGUGCCGGACUCCUUUCGUCGUCGAGGGGCGCGUCAGGGAGCCGUUUGCGUAUUGGAUUUACGCGCUCUCCUCCUUGGCAUUACGUGUGUUCUCUUCGAGCGGGGCCUUCUGGUGGAGACUGAACUCUGUCGUCGCUUUCCCUUUUGCCCGGAUGGGUUCCGAGUUAUAGUUAGUGGCGGUCAUCCAGGGAUUGCCUUGCCACUUGGAACGCGUGAGGUGCGGGACGGUGAUGUCCUUCGCGUCUCUUUUCAACGGCUUGUGCAGGCUCCGGCUGAUCCGGUCCGAUCACAGGAUGUUGAUUUCCCUGAUGGUGAUGAUGAGGUGAUUGAGGCAGGGAUACAGGUUUCGAGUGCCACUUCGCAAGGUGAUCAUGAGCUGCUGGGUGGGGGUCGGCUUGCUUGUCUGUCCGUGGAUGGGUCGCGGGACAUGGUUGGACAGAGCAAUGUGCGUGCGAGACGCCGGCGAGGUCAUGGCUUGUUUGGACCCUUUGCUCGGACGUGUAUGGUUGCCAUCUGGAUUUCCGGUUGUGCCGAGACAGUCGCGGCGACCCAGCAGGCUGGUUCGCGUCAGGCCGAGGAAAUGGGGUCGUGUUUGGGCGAUGCUGCUGCUGGCAUGCUCCGGGAUGCUCUCCGGAGUAUUGCUACGCCGUGUCGUGCUUAUGUUUUGCCUGGAGAGGUCUUUGAGGUGGAUACGGCUGCUUGGGACCUGGUGGAUGGGCCCACUCUGCUUGAAGAGUGUUAUGCCGCGGAUGACUCAGGUCUUUUUGAGGCUCGUGUCGUGCUUGAGGCCUUGUUCGAGCAUUUCCGUGCUAGGUUUGAUGCCGCGGACGAUGCGGCCAGACAGGUGCAGGGAGCUAUGGCCAUGGGGGACAAUGACCGCGUCUUGGGGCGUGACCCGUGCCGUCUUAGUCUCUAUGACCAGUUGGGGCUUGACAUGUGUCCUCAGGUUGCCGCUGCUGGUCCGGAGCGUUUUGAGGUUGAUGUGGGCCAGUGUGUGCUCCCAUGCUCGGUUGGGCACGUGCAAGAGCUAUGUAUACCUUUGGCCUUCUCUGCUCUUCAAGGCGUGCCACCAGGUGUUGAGCGUCCUUUCAGGUUUCAGGAUUGGGUCGAGGUAGGAUGCCGUGGACGGUCAUUGGCUCCGGGAGAAGCACUGAUGCUUACUACUGAUGGGUCGUUCUCAUCUAGGGACGGUGUUGCCGGAUGGGGAUUGGUUGUUAGUGCGAUUGAUGCCAGGGGCGCUCUGCCAGGGUGCUUUCUUGGCUGUGCCUUCGCCCCUUUUGAGGAGAGUUUGCUUGGAGCUGGUGUCGGCAGGGCCCAACCUGAUGCAUACUUUGCUGAGGUUUUGGGACUUCUCUGGGCGGCCCUCUUUGCCCUUCGUUUGCCUGUUCCCGGUGAUGUAAUUAUGCGUGCUGAUAACAUGGCAGCGCUUCAAGGCGUCGAGGGGGUUGUCGCGAUGAAGUCGCAUCCUCUUUGCAGCUUGGCCAGAAACCUGCACGUUGCUCUGCGCAUGCUUCAUGUUGGUAAGGUCAUCUACCAGCAUGUCCAGGGGCAUUCAGGUGACCCUGCCAAUGAGCUGGCUGACGGGGUUGCUGGUCUCGGCGCCAAGACCGGCCGAUGCCAGGUCCCUUUUGCAGUCGAGUUCACUGAGUGGCUACAGGACGGAGCGGCAAGAGCGAGAUGGUUGCCGCAUGUCUGUAUGACGCUUUCCCAGCAGGGCACCCUUCCACCGUUGCGUGGGCCUGUUAUGUCAUGGCAUAUGCAUCAGAAGGUGCCUUUGAUGCCGGCCUCGCAGCUGCUGGCUCCUUUUGUUAGGGGCCUUCAGGUUGACAAAGGUCGUGAUGAUGGCAGAUUGCAGUGUCUUAAUGUGACGUGUGCAUCGUAUAAUGCGCUUUCGUUGUUGCAGCCUUCCCAAGGCAACAAGGCUGCUGAGGCAGGUUUGCAUGGUGCAGAAGGACGCGUUACAUUGUUGAGUGAUUCGUUGCAUAAGCACAAGCUUUUUGUGGUUGGCUUGCAGGAGACGCGAACGCCUAGAGGUAGCAGUCAGACAGAGCACUAUGUGAGGUAUUGCUCGGGCUGCACAGAUAGACGCGCUUAUGGCGUGGAACUCUGGGUUGCGCGCGGCCGAGAUUGGCCAACGCAUCAGGCUGUUGUCUUGUUUGCAGAUUACACCAGAUUGAUUGCCAGUGUCUCGUUUGCGAGCUUCUGUGUGCAGAUCCUUGUGGGUCACGCGCCCCAUCGAGCGUACGCAGAGGAGGCGCGCAAAGCUUGGUGGAAUGAGACAGCAAGGUUGUGUGCUCAGUUCCGGCAAGUAAAGGAAUGGCUUGUCUUGGUGGACGCCAACUGUAGGGUUGGGUCAUUUAGUUCCUCCUGGAUAGGCAGCUGGCAAGCGGACGAAGAAGAUUGUGCAGGCAGACUGUUUCAUUCACUUGUUGAGGAUUUGAGUGUCUGGUUGCCGAGUACGUUUGAAGCCUCUAUGAAGGGUGCAGGCGGAACCCUGUUGCAGCGGCACACUGGGGAAAUGCAUCGGAGCGACUUUGUUGGCAUUCCGGUGAGUUGGCGUUCUUUCGGGGCCUCGGCGUGGGUAGCACCGCGUGUGACGGCGGGACAUGCGGCGCCAGAUCACUUUGCCGUCGUUGUUAGUUGCCAGCUUGUCCUUGCGGGGACUCCGGAGCGUCGCAAGAUUUCCAGGAUAGACCCGCGUGCCUUGCUUGACCCUGACAAUGAGGCAAAGAUUCGGGCCGUUUUGCAAGAGAUUCCUCAGGUGCCGUGGGAGGUGAAUGUCAAUGAGCACGCUGCCAUUCUUUCUGAGGGAUUGCAUACCCGGCUGGUCGAACUCUUUCCGCUACAGGCUAGAAGGAUGCGGGCGUCGUUUCUUACGGAAGAAACUGCGCAUGUGCAUGCGGAAAUUGCCAGGCUCCGCCAUGACCUUCGCCGACGCUUGGUUGUUCUUGAAGGGGCUCGUCUGCGUUGUGCUUGGCUUGCUUGGAGCAGCGCCGGCGAAAGGUUCACGGAGCUUUUCGAGUGUAGUUGGACGAGGCAGGUCAGAGCUGCUGUUGCUGACGCGGCGGCUCGCAUUGGUGGGCUAGGCAAGCUCUUGCGGCGCCUAUGUCGGCGCGAUAAGCGUCAACAUAUCCGGGGCCUUGCGUCUGAGGUUGGGUCUGUUGGCCCGUCCGAAGUGCACACUGCUUUGCGACGAGUUUUGCGGCCACGCAAGUUCCGGAGGGCUGGGGGACGUCCCCUGCCGCUUCUCAAGCGGCCGGAUGGCAGCGUUUGUGAGUCUCUGGACGCUGUGCAGCAGGAAUGGCGUCGCCACUUUGCAGAGUUGGAAAGUGGUGUUGAGGUUGACAUUGGCGAGCUUGCACAGCAGUGUGUUGAGCGUCAGCAAAAGGUUGGAGCGCUGGAGUGGCUCGACAGUUGUGAUCUGCCGGACUAUGAGACGGUUGUGCAGACGAUAAGGCAGGUCAAGCCUCUCAAGGCGUCUGGCCCGGACAUGUUGCCGCCGGCAAUUUGCAAGAAGUUUGCUUUUGACCUCACGGCGCUUGUGUGGCCAGUGAUUUUGAAGUCGCUGGUCUUUCGUGCGGAGCCCGUCGGGUACAAAGGUGGUACCUUGUACCACAUUCCAAAAAGCGGGAAUGGUGGUUUGCCCCUGUGCACAUCAGAUCGCGGAAUUUUGGCACAACCCAUCCUGGGCAAAAUACUGCACAAGUCGAUACGCGGGCUGGCUUUGAGAGGAUUGGACAAGCGUGCUUUGGACGUUCAAAUUGGCGGCAGAGCAGGAAUGAGCUUCAUGAUGGGCUGCUACUGCACGAGACUCUUUCUGGACUACGCAAGAACAUAUUCCAAAUCGGCUGGAGUUUUGUUCUGUGAUUUGGCCUCGGCGUAUUAUGCGGUUGUACGAGAGCUGCUGCUUGGCAAGGACCUCACACAUGCCACGCUAGAGGAAGUGACAGAGUCUCUGAAGUUGACGAGCGAGGACUUACAGCUUUUGAGGGCGUAUGUCGAUCAUGAGGUCAUUCUGAAUGAAGAAGGAGACGAGUCCGUCCUUCAGGCCCUGGCCAGGGAAGUGCAUACGCACACCUGGUUUUGGCUCUGUCAGGUGUUGCGUCGCAGAGGAGAUUUUGCGGAACAAGGACUAUGCCCACAAAUUCCCUGGUCAGGGCGACGUGAGCUGGUGGCGUUCGAUGCGCGGCGCAAGGGCUGCGUCCACACGCGAGUGCAAGAUGUCGUGUACGCGGACGAUCUCGCGACAUGUAUUCUUGCAGAGUCAGCGGCUCUGUUGCCUUCUGCGAUCCGAUUGGUAGCAGGCACACAGCUCGACACACUUGCUGCUCAUGGCCUGCGUGCCAAUCUUGGCGUCCGCAAAACUGCCACCAUCAUGGUGCCAGCUGGUGCUGGUGCCAAGCAGGUCAGGCAUCAGGUUUUUACGCAAGGCAAAGGCAAGUUGCACAUUUUCCGCGAGAAUGGAGGUGCUGUUGUGCUUGAUGCUGUUGCGUCUUAUCGGUUGGCUGCUGCCCGUGCUGCGUUCAAAGAGGGCCGACAGAUGCUUCGUAUCCCUUUGAGUGCAGAGCAGAAUUGGACCAAAGAGCGCAUCUUUGGUGAGCUUGGGUUGCCUGGGGUCGAGGGCCUUGUCGCAUUGGAGCGCCUGCGCUUUCUUGCUCAGUUGUGCCGUUCCGGGCCGGAUGCUGUUUUCGCGUUGUUGCAACACUCCAGAUCUGCUCUGGCUGCCAUGCAAUCGGCCAUGACUUGGCUGGUCCAGGCAGUUGAGAACACCAGUGAGCUUAAGCCAGGCUGUGACUGGGAGGUGUGGACUGCUGUCUUUGGUCAGCCCGGUCGGUUCAAAGGACUCUUGAAACGAGCCGCUGCUUGGCAUGUUGGUCGGUUGCGUGCUUGUGCUCACUAUCAGCUUUGGUGCCGUGUGCUGUGGGCACCUGCCCCGGCGCCUGAGGUGGAGGUUGAGGUUGCGCAGCACAUGUGUCUUGUGUGUGGGAUCGCCUUUUUCGACUUUCAUGCAUGGUCGGCUCAUGCGGCUCGAGUGCACAAGUAUCGUUCGCGCGCGGUCAGAUACACGCAGGGCAAGCAAUGCCGAGCCUGUUGCAUGCGCUUUCCCACGGUCAUUCGACACAGACGACACCUCCAAUUCCACCCUGCGUGCUGUCGUGCAGUUGAAUGGGAUUUGCCGGGGUUGGUCCCUCCUGUCUUGGGACCUGACGAACAUGCGCAGGCUGAGUCGAUUCCGGGUUGCGGCCUUGGGCACCUCCCGUCCACCCCGGUUGAUGUGGCGGUUGGUGUUUUACGAACCCUGCAAGGGACAACAUUUGAAUCCGAUGUUGAGAUUUUCGAAGUGCUUAAAGGAUUCAUUGAGCCUUUCCCGAUGUUGCGUGCUACGCUUUCCUUUUGGCGUGAUGGGCUUGAGGAGGGGCCUGUGCGCGCGUGGGCGAAUGACGUGCUUCUGUGUAUGCAGGUUGACCUGUGGUGCACCAAUGCCUCUAGGGUGCCGAAGGCUCGCCCCGAGACGCAGGAUUGCUUUGUGCCAUUGCUGUUUCCCUUUGUGUGGGAUCGCAGUAAGCCAGCGAAGCAGGUCAGGGUUGUUGGUCCUAUUGAGGCUGCUGAUGAUUUGCCCGGUGGGAUUGCUGAGGAUGGUGAGGUCACGUCUGUGGACUUCUGGUCUCCUGUUCCGGCGUGGUUUGUCUCCCUGCGCCCCCGUUGGAGGACUUACAGUGCCAAUCCAGACAUAGCUGCUGAUUUUUACGGCUUCGAAAACCCGAAGGCGUCCAUCGACAUGCUGCUGAACUGGGGUCCCAUUAUGUACUUGCCCGUGGCGCCGGUUGCGGGAUGGAUGAUCGCCCGGCAUCCGGACAGCAUCUGGGCCGUGGUCUUCUGUGGGGGCGCCCUGACAGCAGCAGGGCUCGUCCUGCGCCUUCUGCCAACACUUCUUGGCUUUCAUCCGACAUCUCCGAUCGUCCACGGCUGCAUCCACGUCGGUCAGGCCUUGAACGGAGCUGCUGGGCCUGCAAACUGCGUGACGCCUUCGGCACUGGCUGCUAUGUGGUUUCCGCCACACCAGCGUGGCUUCGCGACAUCUGCCGUCUUCGCGAUUCAAAUGGCAGGACCAACUCUGGGAUUCUUGCUCGGCCUCUGUGUCCAUUCCUGCAAAGACCUGGUGCUGCUCCUGGAGGUGGAGGCAGCCAUGAGUGUUGCCGUGCUCGCUGUUUGGGCGUGCUUACCUCGAAAACCUUCGGUGCCACCUUCUCGGAGUCAGGAGAUCCGUCGAUCCGGCGAGCCGCAGGCAAGCGCAGUGCCUCGAAGACGUAUGAUCUCCACAUGGGUGCUCUUACUGGCAGCAGGGGCUGUCGUCGGAGUUUUCCAGUGCUGGUCGCCCGCUUUACCCACGCAGCUUCAAGGAGUGUUGCCGGAAACCGUGCUCAAGUGGUUUGCCGUGAUCACCUCCCUGGCUUCCGUGAUUGGAAACUUUACUGCCCCGCAGCUCAUUGAAAUGUUGCACUUGCAGCAUCGCCUGAAGUCAGUCCUGGGGAUCACCUUGUGCUUACAGCUGGUGGCCUAUGCGCUCUUUGCAGUGCUUCUUCCGGAUAGCCCGCUGCCUCUAAUGAAGGGUUCGACUGGGAUGCUGAUGGCAUGCGUGGUGCUGGCUAGCAUCGCUGAAGGUGCCAUGGCACCAAUCGUCUACGAGCUUAGCGCCGAGCUGACUUAUCCGAUGUCGGAGGGAGUGACAGGAGCAGCCUUCUCCUGGUUGAUCAACUUCUUUGGUAUGGUUCUGCUUGCUGUCUAUCCGGUGGUCCCUUCAGCUUACGAUUCGAUCAUGAUGGUGGCCGUCGGUGCUGUGGCACUGAUUGGGCUCCAGCUUGUCAUUGCAGAGUAUCCCCGAAGGGAGCUGGACGACGGCGCCUGUGGUACCGAGCUCCUCCGUGACUAG